AUGCAUGUUUUCUCAUUGGUAAGAGUUUCAUUUUCAAUCUAAAAUGGAAUAAUUUUUGGUAAUUUUCAGAGUCAACGAAGUAUGUUGAGAAAUAUGAGAGCGCACACACAUAAUGUACAAUAUCGAUUGAUUACUCCAAGUAUUGUAAGUUUAGGGAUGUUUUGGAAAAGUCUUAAAAUUCUGAAAUAUUUUCCCCUAACAGGCACGUUUCAAUGUGUUUUUUUUGCAGAAUGCCGAUUUGUCUGACUUCCAACAAAAUUCGUUUUCAAAUGGUUCAUGUGGAACUUCUUCUCCAUCUUCUUCGUCAAUUCCACCAACCAAUUGUGCUCUUUUAUCUGCUCAAACUUCAUCGGGAAAUUCAGCGAAUUCGAAUUGUUCUGCGAAUUGUCACGAUCAACGUUUCUUCAAUGAAUUCCACGAUGAAUUUUCGCGUGAGUUUUUGAUUUUUCUUGGAAAGUUUGGAAGUGAAAGGAAACUUGUUUCGUAAUUUCAAUAUUGAUUUUUUUUCAGUUCUACGUCAACAGCGCAGUUUGGCACAAAUCUCAUUCAAAACUUGUGAACCACGUGAAGAAGAUCGAAGUCGACGCGCAGCUAAUCGAAGACAAAAACGAUGGCGCUGUUGA